UGCCCAUCCAAUCCGUCCACCAUGCCUGCGCUGAAGUUUGUGAACUCCGUCUGGAACUCGUUCAGGGCAACCUCUGGCCUUGAGCCAAGGCUUCUUGAUGGGCUACGUGUAGUCAGCGCCGUGCCCGGCAAAGUCAACUUCGAGCUCGACAUAAAAAAAGAGCACACAAACAGGCUCCAGAUCCUCCAUGGCGGCACCAUAGCCAGCAUGGUUGAUCUUGGCGGCUCUCUCGCCGUGGCGUCGCGCGGUCUUUUCGCGACUGGUGUUUCCACUGACUUGAACGUCACGUACCUCAGCUCCGGCGGCAAGAUUGGCGACCUGAUCCGCGCCGAGGUCGAAUGCGACAAGUUCGGCAAGACGCUUGCAUUCACGACUAUCAAGUUCUACAAUGAUAAGAACCAGGUCUUUGCCAGGGGCAGCCACACCAAGUUUAUUAGUCUGGCUUGGAAAGACGAGAACAAUAUUGUCCAAGAGCUGAGCCCCAAGGCUGCUGGAGCGGAGAAGAAGGAGGGCUCUUCAUGAGUGGUCUGUGGAUAAGAUUGCAAGACAUAUAAUUGGCUUCGAGAUACAUAUAGAUCCCUGGCUGAUGGAGACAAUUGAAAGAGCUAGGCUGCAUUCGAGACUGGAUUCUGGUUUCGGAUGCAUGGCAGCAAGACGAAAGAUACAAUGCCGAGCUGAUACAGGGCGAGCGGGAUGAGUGCGUUAGCUUUGCUUGACUCCCGGAUCGUCCCGCUUUUGCGUGCAAUCGUCAACAAUCUCACGUCGACGAUGGCGUUGUUCAUGGAUCAACAGACCCACCGCGACCACUGCGUCGGUGACAUUUCAGUGAAGUCGAUAUCCGGCUCCAUGC